AUGUGCAUUAAUGGCGAAAUUGUAACUGGUGUUCUUAACCAGUUUAAAGACAAUUACCCAGGAACUGAAUGGGCCCGUGGAUUCAUGAAACGCCAUAAGCUACGACUGAAAAAGGGUACAUCCAUGCAGGUGGACAGAAAGGAAAGGACAAGUGAUCCUUUCAUCAUUAACAGUUUUUAUGAUGUAAUUGAGAAAGAGGUACAGGACCUACAGCUACAGGACAAACCUGGCCACAUCUACAAUCUAGACGAGACGUCGUUUCCUCUUCAUUCAUCAAAGACACACACACUUGGGGUUAUUAGACAGCAAACAAUAAGAGUGACUGCUAGCAGUGGAAGACAAAAUAUAACUGUACUGGCAGCCAUCUGUGCUGAUGGCUCUGCUCUGCCUACCUGCAUUGUGUUUAAAGGAAAACGGCUGAUGCAGCAGUGGAUUGGGGAUUCAGGAACAACUCCAAAUCAAACAAUUUGUUGUGUAAGUGACAAUGCGUGGAUGACUGCCAAAGUAUUCCAUGAAUUCUUCGUCAAAUUUGUUGAAAUGACAAAGGAAAAAAGGCCAACUCUCCUGAUUCAUGAUGGUCAUGUGAGUCACACAACUCUUGAAACUGUGAAACUGGCAAGAGAUAAGCAGAUCAGUAUUGUUCUCCUGCCUCCUCACUGCACUGAUGUGCUACAGCCAUCAGACAAAACUCCAGUUGAUAGACACAAAUUUGAUGUAUCAAGGCUCAGCAAGUCAAAGGUGGAAGCAUGCAAUCGGUGGAUCCUUGCUGGUAGACCUGAGACUGAGGAAGCCAUUCCUAUUGUACCGCCUACUCAAGAAGAGGACACAGGGAAUGCCAUCAUGUUUGGUACUUCAAAGCCAAAAAAUAGUACAACGCUCGGGAAAACAAGUACACCUUUACCCCCUGUAACAGAUCCCUCCCCUUGUUCAUCUGGAAAGCCUGGUUACACAGUUCCAUCUGAUAGUAUUCCAAAAGUGUGUCAGCAUAGUCAGUCAUGCUGCCUGUACCUUCACAGUCUUCAAGAACUUGCAGAGGCAAUUGGCAAGGCUGUACAUACCAAGAAGUCCAUGGAACAUAUCAUAUCUGACCGACAACGUCCCCAUCAGGCCAAGAAACCUGGUGCUCGCAGAGUGUUAGGGAAAGGAGCCACAGUUCUAACACACGAGGAAGUCAUAAGCAGCAUUGAGGAAAGAGAGAAGGCACAGAAAGAAAAAGAAACUAAGAAAAAGCAGAGGGCAGAGAAACAGAGAACUAAAGAAGAAGCAACAGCAGGGAAAAAAGACCACAGCUCAGAAAAGUGGAAGAAAGAAUGCUGCUGCUGCUGA